AUGGACCUUGGACUAUUGGAAAAUGAGGCCAGAGAAACAGUAAUAGAAAUGGUGGAGGAACCGCUCAGGUAUUUUGCAUCAAUCUUCAGGGUCGGAAGAAACCAGCAGCAUUCCAGAACUUCGAUAGAGUCGGGGGCAAAGGUUAAAAGAAUGGACCUUGGACCAUUGGAAAAUGAGGCCAGAGAAACAGUAAUAGAAAUGUGGAGGAACCGCUCAGGCCCAGUUUCGGAAAGGAUUCGAGGCCUAACCCCUCCCUCAAGCCUUGGCUGUUGCUUCUCACCAAAAUGGCCGCCCCGUGUCUUUGUCGUUGUAAAAUGGCCACGCGCUGCCUGUCAUUUGAGUGAACGGUUUCUCUCUUUGUCUCCGCAGAACCACUGGACCCGAGACCAUGAUGACACGGGGUCCACCCAUUCGGGCACACCCGGGCCCUCCAGUGGGGGCCUUGCAUCGCACAGCGGGGACAACUGCAGUGAACAAGGUAACUCCCCGUCGCCACGGCGCUUCCUCUCGGUCUAUUCCUGCGAUCCCUCGUGGGGAAAGAGAAAACUGAAAGAAAAAAGGAGGCCUCAGCUACCUGUUCUUAACAUCGCCAUGGUUACCGAGAGAACUUCCCCAUCGUUUGCUCUUCCCCUGUCAAUGUCAUCGCUGUCUCUGAGCACCUUGUGUCGUCGAAAGGCACCUGGACGUUACUUCGUUAAUAGGCACCAGGCAAAGGAAAGGGGAUGUUGUUGUGAGGAGGGGAGUGGGGAGAAAAAGAGGCGGAUUAAAAUGGGAAAGGGGCGAAGGGUCUGUUUCCGUGCUGUACGUUUGUAUGACUCUAUGAAUCUCACCUUACUUUCCUUUCACCCAGUUGGUCAAGGAACGCCCUACAGCCCAGACGGUCAGCCAAUGGGAGGGUUUGUAAUGGACGGCCAACAGCACAUGGGCAUCCGGCCUCCAGGUUUGGCGGCAGUGCCAGGGGACUACGUGCCACAAGGGGGCGCGAUGGGACUGGGCCUCCAGCAGGCAGGGUACACCUCUCGACCGAUGGCACCCCACCCCACACAGCUGCACCAUGGAGCCUCAGCGCAUCUGUACGUCCCCGGACACUCCCACCACCCAGCCAUGAUGACGCACAGCGGGCCCCCACCUCAUCCUGCAAUGUCACCACCAAGCUCAUCCAUCCUGAAUCCCGGGGAGACCAUCCUCAGCGGGCAAGCCAUGGACAUCCAUGCCCAUUGAAGAGCAGCGAAAGAGUCAAGGCAUUGGACAGAAGAGGGGAGCAUUUAAUCGGGUUCCUUGCCCCCUGGCAAAUCAGGGCACAUACUGGAAUUCAGGACAGCUGUGUGUGUGAGAGACACUGUUUGAUCACUUUUACUGUGUUUCCUUUUCUGUGGAUUUGAAUGAGGACCAACUCUGGAUCAUCCUAAGUAAAAUACCAUGAGACUUUUAUAUAUAUAUACAAUGAGACACUGAAAAAAAAAGGCCGUUGCAGCCAUUUUUGACAAUGAAGGUUAAAUUAACUUGUACA